CUGAGCCGGGGAUCUGUGAAAACGGCGUUGCUCAAGAUCCACAAGGCGAAACCAGGGAAAGAAAUGAUUUUUUCUUUGAGGUUGACAUAGAAAUCACAUAUGGGGACCACUUCAACUGUAAGCCAUUUGAUGGCCCCUAAUUCCAUCCACUGGUUCCGGAAGGGCCUCCGUCUGCAUGACAACCCUGCGCUGCAGGAGGCCAUCCGGGGAGCCGGCACGGUGCGCUGUGUUUACUUCCUGGAUCCUUGGUUCGCCGGCUCCUCCAACUUGGGGGUCAACCGCUGGAGGUUCCUGCUGCAGUGCUUGGAGGAUCUGGAUGCCAGCCUGAGGAAACUUGACUCCCGCCUCUUCGUCAUCCGAGGCCAGCCUGCCAAUGUGUUUCCUCGCCUCUUCAAGGAGUGGAAGAUCUCACGGCUGACGUUUGAGUACGACUCGGAGCCCUUUGGGAAGGAGCGGGAUGCUGCCAUCAAGAAGCUGGCCAAGGAGGCUGGGGUGGAGGUCAUCGUCAAGACCUCUCACACCCUCUACGAUCUGGACAAGGUGAUCGAUCUGAAUGGUGGCCAGCCCCCUCUGACCUACAAGCGUUUCCAGACUCUGGUCAGCCGGCUGGACCCCCCUGAGAUGCCGGUGGACACCAUCUCCAGCAGCCUGAUGGGGCGCUGCAUCACGCCUGUGUCUGACGACCAUGGGGACAAGUACGGGGUUCCUUCCCUGGAGGAACUAGGCUUUGAUACUGAAGGCUUGCCUACAGCCGUGUGGCCGGGAGGUGAGACAGAGGCUCUGACCAGAAUAGAGCGCCACCUAGAGAGAAAGGCGUGGGUGGCCAACUUUGAGCGCCCCAGGAUGAAUGCCAACUCCCUGCUGGCCAGCCCCACAGGCCUCAGCCCCUACCUGCGCUUUGGCUGCCUCUCCUGUCGACUCUUCUACUUCAAACUCACCGACCUCUAUCGCAAGGUGAAGAAGAACAGUUCCCCGCCCCUCUCCCUGUACGGCCAGCUGCUAUGGCGGGAGUUCUUCUACACGACCGCCACCAACAACCCCCGCUUCGACAAGAUGGAGGGCAAUCCCAUUUGUGUCCGCAUCCCCUGGGAGCGCAACCCCGAGGCUCUGGCCAAGUGGGCGGAGGCCAAGACGGGCUUCCCCUGGAUCGACGCCAUCAUGACCCAGCUGAGGCAGGAGGGCUGGAUCCACCACCUGGCCCGGCACGCCGUGGCCUGCUUCCUGACCCGCGGAGACCUGUGGAUCAGCUGGGAGGAGGGCAUGAAGGUGUUUGAGGAGCUGCUCCUGGAUGCAGACUGGAGCGUGAACGCUGGCAGCUGGAUGUGGCUCUCCUGCAGCUCCUUCUUCCAGCAGUUCUUCCACUGCUACUGCCCUGUGGGCUUCGGCCGGCGCACAGACCCCAACGGAGACUUCAUCAGACGCUACCUCCCCGUCCUCCAAGGGUUCCCUGCCAAGUACAUCUACGACCCCUGGAACGCUCCAGAAUCCGUGCAGACGGCUGCCAAGUGCAUUAUCGGUGUGGAUUACCCCAAACCCAUGGUCAACCAUGCAGAGGCCAGCCGCCUCAACAUCGAGAGGAUGAAGCAGAUCUACCAGCAGCUGUCACGCUACCGGGGACUAAGCCUGCUGGCAUCUGUGCCCUCCAACGGAAACGGCCACGGAGGCAUGAUGGCCUACUCUCCUGGAGAACAGCCGUCUGCUUCCAACACGCCACACGUGCCCCUUGUGUCCGGGAGCUCAGUUGUCACCGGUAAUGGCAGCGGGAGCACCCUGCUAAACUUUCCCAGCGAGGACCAGCCGGGGCCACGAGGCGUUCAGCAGCAGCAGCAGCAUGGUUACCAGUCAGUGCCCGAGCCUAGCUUGGCUGUGCCCAGCAGCACACUCUACCACGAGUUUGCUAUGCCUCAACACCCAGGGCGCCUGCUGCACACGGGAGGCAGCGUUACAGGAAAGCGGGGACGCGAGUCGCUGCGUGACUCACUCAGGGAGGAGGACAAUGACUCCUGCUCUCUCCUCAAGAUCCAACGACAGAGCACAGAGAAGACCUAGUGAAGUUGGAGACCACCCAGGAUAUCUUGAUUGAGUCUACACUGUACUGACUCGACGGAAGGCCUACAUUAUCAGGGGACAGAAGAUGCUGGGUUUUCCUCACCCACACAGAGUUCAAAACAAUAUUGCCUCAAAAUCCAUCAAAAAUGUGAUUUUUUUUUUUUUUUUUGGAUUGCCGGGAAUCAGAGGUGAAAUGAAUCUAGUUGGAGAACUUUGAAGAGAUGUAGAGGUAGUUAACAGUUCCACAUCAGCAGGCCUGCCUGUCCUCAGAGGGACCUCUGUCCUCAGAGGGACCUCUGUCCUCAGAGGGGGACCUCUGUCCUCAGAGGGACCUCUGUCCUCAGAGGGACCUCUAGGUCUAAUACUGUUUCUACCACAGCCAGGCAGGAUGUUUAGGAUGAAGCACAUCUUGAGGUAACAACCACCAGCAAGGUGACACCUUAAAACCUGUGCCAGCAUUAUUAGACAGGGCAAAAAUGUGUUCGGCUUCUGCUAAAUAACCAAAUGGAACAGAUAAGAAGGUGUAUUAUAACUUCAAUGGGGCAGGGGUCACACAUUACCAGCACAUUUUACAUAUUGACUUAUCAUAGUUGAAAUAUUUGGAUUGAAAGUAUUAUUUCAAAUAAUUUGAUCUGUGCCAGUUGAACAAGAUUGUGACGUAUAUUCACUCAAACAUUACACAUUUUGUACUAGCAUGGUAGCUGAUCACUGUACAUCGGAAUACAAAUUUGUAAAAAAAAAAAAAAAAAUGAAAUCACUUCUCACUAUAGUAUACUAUCAGCACAUGGUGUUAGUUUCCCUAUGCUUAACUGUGAAGCCAUCUACGGUAUGCUUAAAGUUAUACUACUUUGUGAUUGGCCCCUAGCAACUGUGAGUGGAAGGUAGUUUUUAUUCACUGGUUCUGAAUAUUACAGCCUGUAGCAUCCCAUAAUAUCAUUCAACUCCAAAUUGACUAAUUGAGUAACAACUACAGGUUGAGAAAUCCAACCAAGGAUGUUUUAUAGGUAGAAGAGAUACAGGUACAACAGAUUGUUGAUUGGAAUACACACUUGUGUAUAGAACCACACAGUUUAUACAUACUGUAUAUUUUUUAUAUUGUGCGAGUGUUGUGGUGAUGUGUAAAAUUGACUCGAUAUAAGAAGUACAUCAUAUAAACAAUUUUUUGUAUCAGAAUAGGACAACAGUUUUCCUUGGGAUUGCCUGUCUCUCUGUACUAUAAAUACUGCACCAUACUAACAUGGCUAGGGAAGGCAGCUACAUAAGAUCAGGUGCUCAACGUCUGUGUUACAGUGUGUAUGCAGGUGUUUGGAUAAGUUAAUCAGUAGCAUUAUGGAUGAUAUGAGUCUUGUUCUGGCAUUACAUGUCAGUUAGUGGCAUAACGGCAACUAACCAGCGUUGUAGAGACACUCCAUCACUAGGGGGCAGUCACAACCACGGCUUCUGUUUUCAGCCAGACUUCACCUCUGCAUUCCUAUGGGGAUUUCAUUUUUAUUUAUUUUUUGUGGUGAGUAUGAAGGAAAAUGACUGGAAUUGUGGACUUGAUACGUUUGGUCUCAACCAAAAAGAAGCUUGCAGAAAGGACCCUUGGCAGUUUUAUUUGAGGGUUUUCUCAACCCCAUAAUCUGACAGUACAGGGUAGGACCAUGUCUGUCACACUUGUAA